GUAAGUGACGGCGUAGGCGGUGCGACAGCCGCUGGAGGGCAGCGGAGGCGGGUUCGUGUUUCCCGGGCCGAACCGGGCUCUGGGGGGCGCGGGGCCUGGCCCGGAAGCGCGGCCCGUCCUGUCUUCGCCAUGAGGCCGCAGCAGGCGCCAGUGUCCGGGAAGGUUUUCAUUCAGCGAGACUACAGCAGUGGCACCCGCUGCCAGUUCCAGACCAAGUUCCCCGCGGAGCUGGAGAACCGGAUUGAUAGGCAACAAUUUGAAGAGACAGUUCGAACUCUAAAUAACCUUUAUGCUGAAGCAGAGAAGCUCGGGGGCCAGUCCUAUCUUGAAGGCUGCCUGGCUUGUCUAACAGCGUACACCAUCUUCUUGUGCAUGGAAACUCACUACGAGAAGGUUCUGAAGAAAGUCUCCAAAUACAUUCAAGAGCAGAAUGAGAAGAUCUAUGCUCCCCAAGGCCUCCUCCUGACAGAUCCCAUCGAGAGAGGACUUCGAGUUCUUAGAUUGAAAUUACUAUUUAUGAAGACAGAGGCAUGAGCAGUGGAAGAUAAACAUAGGAUUAAAGGCCCACCUCCAGCUGGGACCCUCGUCUGUCCACCGGCCGACCGCAGAGUGUCCCCCACCUCCUCUCCAGAGCAUCAUUCCUUCGUAUCUGCUGCCAGAGCCACGGUGCCAUUCACUCCAAGGACUGACUUUGUAAAAUUCCACACCUGGAGUGACCUCUAGUCGCUCAGCAUCCACUUUGUGUCUCCAAAUUGUGUAGGACUCUGUAAUCUUUUGAUUAGUUUUUGAGAAAACGCAAUGAAGCAUUUCACUUUCUUUAUUCAAAGCCAUUAAUAAAAUAUGCAGUUGGUGAGCCCAACGCAGGUUAUUUCUCACCUGCCACCAGGGCCGGUGGUUCUCGUCAUUCCUUGGGCUUCAGCAAGUCGUAAACUAGCCAGUGCUCAGUCGUACUCCCCCAAAUUCAUAAAACGCUUUUCUCCAGGACUUCGGUGAAGGGUGGGCUGUGUCUGGUUUUGCUAAUGCAUCUCCCAGAUUUCAGAGAAUUACCAGUUUUGCCAUGACUCAGAGCUUAAAGAUCAAGUUCUGCUGUUCAGUUUCUCAAACUGAAGCUCAUUGGAAAAAUAAUGUAUAAUGUUACUUGUUUUAUUGUAGCAAUUCCUGAUUAAAGCAGUAUUUAAUGCAA